UAAAAUGAAGAAAUAAGAUUGGAAAUUCAUGUAAGUAUUCGGUGACAAAGCCUCAUCUGAUAAUGUUAGUGAUGAAGACAUUAUUUCAGCUGUUUAAUUUGAAAGGACUGGAAGAUUUUUAGGUUUAGGAGACAGAGCAGGACGUUUAAUAGUUUUUGAAGUUCCAUAAACUAAAAAGAAAGAUAAAGCAGAAUAUUAGUAUAAAUAUUGAGCAAUUUUAUAGGUAUUUGACUGAACUUUAAUCUCAUACAAGAGAGUUUGAUUUCUUAAAGAGUACUGAUAUAGAAGAAAAGAUCAAUUAACUUCAGUGGUUAAGAGGAUAAGGUAAAAACAUGUACAUUUUGACUACUAAUGAUAAGACAGUGAAAUUAUGGAAGAUCAGUGAAAAGAAUGUCACUAAAGUUAUUAAACCUAGUGGUAAAGAUUUAGCAAUGCCUAAACUAUAGGUUGUUGAAAGUGGAUUAAUUCCAAGGUAAUUUUAUAUAUUCUAUAAAUUUAAGUGUUAGAAAAGUAUUUCCAAAUCUACAUAAUUAUCAUAUUAAUUCAUUAACUGCCUCUAAUAAUGAAGAAUUUGUUUUGACUUCAGAUGAUUUAAAGGUUUAUUUAUGGAGUAUUGAAUAACCAUCUAAAGCUUUUGUGGCUGUUGAUUUAAAACCAGAGAAUUUAGAUGAAUUAAGUGAAGUAAUUACAUCCUCUACUUUUCAUCCAACUUUAGAUAAUUAAUUUUUGUAUACUACCAGCAAAGGAAUUAUUAAAUUAUGUGAUAUGAGAAAGUCAGGUAUUUGUGACAAUACUGCUAUUACAAUGUCUGAACCUGAAGAUCCAGCUAAGAAGAAUUUCUUUACUGAAAUAGUAACAUCUAUAUCAGAUGCUUGUUUCAGUCGAAAUGGAAAAUAUAUUUUUUCAAGAGAUUUCCUUACUGUUAAAGUUUGGGAUAUUGCAAUGACUAAUAAACCAGUUGCUACUGUCUAAGUAUUUGAACCACUUAAAUCUAAAUUAUGUGAUCUUUAUGAAAAUGAAUGCAUUUUUGAUAAAUUUUCAAUUGCAUCAACUCUUGAUUCUAAUAGUUUUAUUACUGGAAAUUUUAAUAGCACAUUUCAUGUUGUAGAUAGAAUGGGUACAACUUAUUAUUAUUAUUAGGUGAAUGUAAUUCAUAAUACGAACUUAAUUUCAAUAAGAAAACUAUUGUGAGAUAAAUCCCACCUAAGUAUUUCGAGAAUUUGGGAUCAUCCUAUGAUUUUAAUCGUAAAGUUUAGAAAUUGAGUAUGUGCCAAACCUAGAAUCUUGUUGCUGUAGCUUGCCUCAAUUGUCUCUAUUUUUAUACAGCAUGACAAUUACAUAUUUAUCCAAUUAUAAAUAUAUACGAUAAAC